UGAUAGGAUGCUGCUGCCAAGCGGGUUACAGUGCUGACGGUAUUUCAUACAAAAGGACCUUAUACAGUUAGGAAUAUACAACUUACACUGCAGCCAUCCUGGUUUUAAAUAUCCACUGUUCACGGGGUCGGCCUGCACGCCAACUUCUGGGUAGCAUACUCCUAGGUGAUCACUUGGUUUCUUGACGAGAAGGACAUUAGUGAAAUCCGCCAAAAUGCAGAUGCCACAGUUCAACAUCGAUGAGACGAAGGAGAGGAUGACCGAGUUCAUUGGAACUGCCAAGACCAGGAUAACGAACCCUGUUAUGCAGAAGCGGAUGAUUCUCAUCAUUGUCUGUAUAGCUCUUCUUCUUGACAACAUGUUGUACAUGGUCAUUGUUCCCAUCAUCCCAGACUAUCUGAGAUCAAUAGGAGCUUGGGACACGAUCACCCCGACACCCAUUCCAGGUACAAACAUGUCCUUAUACGCCAACCUGACAAACACUACCCACGAAGAUGUUGCUGUGGAGUACAAAAAUGAAAAUGUUGCCAUUGGAGCUCUGUUUGCGUCGAAAGCCCUGAUCCAACUAUUAGUGAAUCCAUUCUCCGGUACGUUGAUUGAUAAAAUUGGAUAUGACAUACCCAUGAUGAUAGGAUUGGUCGUGAUGUUCGUCGCUACUACGGUGUUUGCCUUCGGGAAGAGCUACGGAGUUCUGUUCUUCGCACGGAGUCUCCAAGGUGUUGGAUCGGCUUUUGCAGAUACAGCUGGUCUGGCCAUGAUCGCUGAUCGUUUCACCUCAGAGCAUGAGCGAAGUCGGGCGUUGGGUAUUGCACUCGCUUUCAUUUCUUUCGGAUGUCUUGUAGCGCCACCAUUUGGAGGGAUCCUUUACGAAUUUGCUGGCAAGAUUGUACCCUUUAUGAUUCUGGCCCUCAUCUCGCUAUCAGAUGGAUUAAUGCUACUCGUUGUGGUCAAGCCGUACGCAGAAAGAAGAUGGCAGAUGCCUCGAGGUACACCGAUCUACAAACUGAUCAUUGAUCCGUAUAUAGCCGUAGCUGCAGGCGCCCUCUCGAUGUCCAACGUCGCAUUAGCGUUUCUAGAACCCACGAUGGCAUUAUGGAUGGAAGAUACCAUGCAAGCAGUCAGUUGGCAAACGGGAAUCAUUUGGCUCCCAGCAUUCUUUCCUCACGUUUUUGGGGUCAUCCUUACUGUGAAGCUUGCUUCUCGAGCGCCUCACUACCAGUGGCUAAUGGCGGCUAUCGGUAUGACUAUCAUAGGACUCAGUACCUUUAUUGUCCCAUUUUGUAAGACCUUUGGAGUUCUCAUUGUACCUCUUUGUGGCAUCUGCUUCGGUAUCGCCCUUGUUGAUACUGCUCUUCUCCCAAUCCUCGGCUACAUAGUCGACGUCCGCCAUAACCCCGUCUACGGGAGCAUCUACGCCAUUGCGGAUAUCUCUUACUCGCUAGCUUACGCCAUUGGUCCAAUCUUGGCUGGCCAGAUUAUUCAAGGGGUUGGUUUUCUCAACCUCAACAUCAUCAUCGGUGUCUUCACAUUAGCUUACGUACCGCUGCUCUUCCUCCUUCGGAGGGUGUACGACAUGAAGCCACAGUCACACGAAGACACCAUCCUCCUCACCGAGGAACCCGCCACAGGGCUCUACCAGUCCGUCAAAGACGACUACAAACGCAGCCAGAAGGAUGGCUCCAACUCCUCCUAUAAGCAGUACGACGCCUUCGGCAUGGAGAAACUCGGUAACGGGAGACUCGAAGGGUCUUUCAACGUGGAGAAAUCCGACUCGAGCGAUAACAUGAACGGCUUUGCCGGAUCACGGACAGAUACCAAGGGCAAAUCAAAGAAUCCCUGUGUUCAUAAAGUCGUGGCUAGGCAGCCGGAUUAUAGUUCUCUAUCGGAACAAGAAGAUUAAUACUAGAUUAUCGUAGGAAGCAAAUCGGUUCAUAUGCAUCACUAUUCCAAGAGUCUACUUUUAAAGAAGCCAUAUAUUGUGAAGAUCAGGUCACACGUGUAUCCAAAUGUAUGUAUGCUGCGAAUAAUAAUAAUAAUAAUGAUACUAAAAUACCGGUUUCUUUUAUAGCGCUUUACCAUGUACUGCCCACAUCGUUCGAGGUAAUAUACCCCGGUCACUGGAUUCGAUCUCUAUUCUGUACAUUAAAGUGCACAUUCUCCUCUCCCCGGGCAGCAUUUCAGCUAGUCGCCAUUUUACGGGUGUGUAUAAUCCAUUUACAAUGACAGUCGCAUCCUACCGGGUACAUAAUGGAUGGAAAGAAGCAAUGUAGAAAAAAAUAUCUCGCUCAAGGAUAUAAUGACUUUUACCUCAAGGACGUCUACUACAGUGGCUGGUAGUGGCGACCGCAAGCAAACACAUAACGUUCUCAAGAUGAUCGCAAGACGUCCUCGCGACAUUAGCAACUAUAGAACGUCUCAUGAACACCCUCUGGGUCUUUAAUUUGCCAAAUAAUUGGCCGACAAAGCAAAGAUUGAGGCCUAACCUGCAUUCUGAUUCUUGAAAUAUAAACCCAGUAACGCAAAGGUUAGAGACUGCGCUCUGCGAGAAAUAGGGUGCAUGAAUUUGAAUACAUUUGUGAACUGGUCUGAUCAAGAAUAUGCGUUACGUUGGUAUUGUACAUACGAAUAAGAAAUAAUGUAUCAGUAAACUUUUAUAUCUAUCAGAGAUUUGAUAUCAUCCAGAUAUUAAGUUGUUGUUCCAAAUUAUUUGCUUAUUUAAUCGUGGUUAUAAUCAUCAUUGGUGGAUGAUCGUGUAAUUAAAAGUGAACGAAGCCAGCUGUAAUUACACGAAGAGUGAUAUAAAUUUCUUAAAAUGACAUAACUUUUGUAUGGAUAUUUCCUAAGAGCAUGGGAGGGACUUGUCAAAUCGUUUUCAGUUAUUUUCAUCUGACUUGUACUAAGUUAAAUAAGUACCAGUUUCAUUCGAAAAUUUUGGUUACGAUUCACAUUUGUUAGACGACUGCUAUUCUUUUUUCUGGAUCAUUAUUUGUUUUGAUAGCAAGACGGAAUGACUUACAUUCAGAAAGAUUUCAUUAAGGUAUAAGGUGUACUGUGGUUGUUAUUUUAGGCUCAGCACAUGAUCUGAAUAUCUUUGCGAAAGACUCUCCAACCUGCUCUAGGUAAUUAGUGCUUUCCUCGUUGGGUGCAUAACAACAUCGUGCCAAUCGCUUUCCUCCUCCAUAUUGCGUGCUAAAACGCACGCUUUUUCGAAGGUAUUCUCGUUAGCAUCUUGAUGUAAUAUCGUAAACUCGAUCAUAUACUUUGAGUAAGUGAUUUGCCAGGUUACUAAAUGAAUUCCACUGACGUUUGCGUCAUUUUCUCUUACGCUGAGAAGGCUAUAAUGAUCUCCGUUCCCAGGGAGAACGUUCCCGUAUGCGAUCUGCAGACACGCCGCCGAUCUCAGCUCGCAUUAAAUUAUUAAGUGGACUAAUUAGACCGAGCUGUAUAGAAGACUAUAGCGGUAGAUGUUUCCUUUUUCAUCUUUUAUCUGGGGAUGGGUCCUUCGAUGGCUAUGCAAAAGUAUUGGUUUCCUAAUGUGCGUCAUAAUGUUACAUCAAUUACGAAAUAUGCAGCUAGAUCAUGAUCUCCAUAACAGAAAAUUCUAUUGAUGAUAUGUGAUAAAAGUGUCAAUUUUUUUGUUCUUCUUUUAUUUAAAUAUACAAUAUACGUAAAAAGCCUGCCGCCCCCAAUUCCGGAAGGCAUUAUUUUGAAUGUGUAAAAGGAGUUGAAUUAACUGAGUAUAUGUUAAUGAUUUGGAUAAUAUACCAUUUAAUGAUAUUGUCCCCCUCGUUCAUGAACAACAAGCAUUUACGUUUUCAAUUAACUUAAACUCAAUCUUAAUCAUAAUUCAAGGAUACAAGUAAUUUAUACAGCAAAACGAAUACUUAAGAGCCAAUCAUAUUAAAGGGACCAAAUAUUUUCAUAUAAAGUACUCUAAAUCAUCGACUUCAAUUGAUGUACUUAAUUUUUGCUAAAUUCUCAAUCAUGUAAGAGAGAUCUAUACGAAACCAAUGUCACUAAGAAAGUGAAAGAAGAUUCGGGUUUAUCUGGACAUGUCUUGAAUUCCCUUUUAGUUUCUGUCAUUUUCUAUGGCCACUAUAAUAAUAAUAAUAAUAAUAAUAAUAAUAAUAAUAAUAUGUCUUGUUUACCCAGGGUAGCCUCAUCAGUAUUAAUACUGUUCCCCCUGAGGGCCCUACAAUCAUAUUAUUACCCCGGUCAUCUAUUUACUUACAAUCGUUUAUGUUUUAUUUCGUAGAGAGUAUAUGGCAGAGACUUCUCACCAUUUAUAUAUUACAAAUGAGCAAAUAUAAUAAGGGAAGGGGGUGGUAUAUUUACUGUAAUGGACUUUCCAAACGUAGUGCAAUAGACAUCAUAUAUACCAACGGCAAAUGAAAUUGGUGGUGUGAUUUUUUUUUUUUUUAAUAUUUGGAAACGGAAUAUAUUCACAUUCUAAAUGAAUUGUUAUUUUACAGUUAACAUGUUAGAAGCAAUUAUUUGGUGAUUGGUUGUAGAUUCAUACAUUGGUAUUUGUAUAUUCAUUGGAUUUUAUGUUUAAAUUUUGGUGUGAUGAUUUUCAUGUAUUAAAUUGAUUUUAUUGUAUGAUCAUAAUA